AUGGACGAGGGUUUCGGAAAUCGAACAUUCAUAGUGUCAACAUAUCAUUGUCCGCCUUUUGUGAUGUAUGAUCCAGCGCAAGGAACAUUUCAGGGGUUGACCGUAGAUCUACUCAACAUCCUAGAGCCAAUCCUCCAGGCAAAGUUCAAGUUCACCAUCAACAAAGACGACACAGAGUCGAUAGAUACAGCGCUGAAAGCCGUCAGCACUGGAGAGCUUGUCAUCUCGAUGCCCGACGCUCCGCCCAACCUCUGGCAGUUCUUCACCCCGUUCAGCAACACUCUAUGGACCGGAGUUGUUCUCGAGAUGUUCAUCGUCGCCAUUGACGUGGUGCCGGGCUGGGUUUGGGGGCUUCUGGACGCGUUCUACUGGUCCAUCACUGUCCUCCUUCAGAUUGUGGACAAGUCUCCCCGGACAUGGGGGGCGAAGAUGCUAAUGAUGGCGCACGGAUGGUUCAUGUUGAUCGUGGUGGCGAGUUACACCGGCUGGACUGACAUCACUGCAAGCCAAGGAGCAUACAAGCUUUCACUUCCAUUUGGAGGGGCGACGAUGGAUUUCAUCUUGAACGAGGAGCUCAUGAACAACUACGUCUUCAAUAUCAGCUGGACCUCCAGCUGGCCUGAAGCUUUUGACCUCCUUCUGCGUAAGAAGGUACAAGCGACCCUGCAUGACGAGGCUCUCGCGCAAUACUACCUGCAGGAAGCCUCCUUGUUGAGGUGGGGAAAACGUUCAACAGCUUUGGGUGAUCUUGACGAGUUUGCGGGGGUUGUGGAGAAGCUGGAUUGA